GCGCCGGAAGAAGGGAGGAAGUUCGUCCCCAGCCUACACGUGCCUCCUAAAGUUUGGGUGGGGGUUCUUGUGGACCUCCGAAAGUGAUUUCUCUGUGGAUGCGGCGGUGAGCACCCGGAAAAAGUACCCCGGAUCUUCUCCCCGGCCAGGCUGAGGGGACGCCCCCAUCCAGCGCCAUGGGAAAGAAGGGCAAAGUCGGGAAGAGCCGGCGGGAUAAGUUCUACCACCUGGCGAAGGAGACCGGCUUUCGUUCCCGCUCCGCCUUCAAGCUGAUCCAGCUGAACCGCCGCUUCCAGUUCUUGCAAAAAGCCCGGGCCUUGCUGGACCUGUGCGCGGCGCCCGGGGGAUGGCUGCAGGUGGCUUCGAAGUUCAUGCCAGUGUCCAGCCUUAUUGUGGGAGUGGACCUGGUUCCAAUCAAGCCCAUUCCCAAUGUGGUUACGCUGCAAGAGGAUAUCACAACGGAAAGAUGCCGCCAAGCUCUCAAGAAGGAGCUGAAGACUUGGAAGGUUGACGUUGUGCUCAAUGAUGGGGCCCCUAACGUGGGGGCUAGCUGGGUGCAUGAUGCCUACUCACAAGCCCACCUGACCUUGAUGGCACUCCGUCUGGCUUGUGAUUUCCUGGCUCGUGGUGGCUGCUUUAUCACUAAGGUUUUUCGUUCCCGAGACUACCAGCCCCUUCUCUGGAUUUUCCAGCAGCUGUUUCGUCAUGUCCAGGCCACUAAGCCCCAGGCCUCCCGCCAGGAAUCUGCAGAGAUCUUUGUGGUCUGCCAGGGUUUCCUGGCUCCUGAUAAGAUCGACAGUAAGUUCUUUGACCCCAAAUUUGCCUUUAAAGAAGUUGAAGUUCAGGCCAAGACUGUGAGUGAAUUGGUAACGAGGAAGAAGCCCAAGGCUGAGGGCUAUGCUGAAGGUGACCUCACCCUCUAUCACCGGGUCUCCAUUACUGACUUUCUCCGAGCUGCUAACCCUGUUGACUUCCUCUCCAAAGCCAGUGAGAUCACACUAGAUGAUAAGGAAUUGGAGCAGCAUCCAGCCACUAAUGAGGACGUAAAGGUGUACUGUCAGGAUAUCAAAGUGCUGGGGCGAAAGGAGCUCAGGUCCCUGCUGAAUUGGAGAACAAAGCUGCGUCGAUUUGUGGCCAAGAAGUUAAAAGAUCAAGCAAAGGCACUGGACAUCAGCCUUAGCUCUGGAGAGGAGGAGGAGGAGGAGGAACAAGAAGAAGAAGGAGGAAAAAAGACAGCAGUAGCUACUGAGGAUGAUGAGGAAGAUUUGGACAGGGCUCUUGCUGAAAUGAAGGCCCAGGAGGUAGCAGAGCUAAAAAGGAAGAAAAAAAAGCUACUUCAGGAGCAGAGGAAGCAACGGGAGCGUGUGGAGCUGAAGAUGGAUCUGCCUGGAGUGUCCAUUGCUGAUGAUGGUGAAACUGGGAUGUUCUCCCUACGGACAAUCCAUGGCCACCAGCUACUACAGGAAGUGGCGCAAGGAAAUAUGGGGGCUGCAGACAAAUUCCUAUUGGAGGAACCAGAGAGUGAUAUCUAUCUAUCUGAUGAAGAAGAUGAGGAUGCCGAUGAUGAAUCUCUGGCCAGUGACGUGGACCCUGAAGAGCUAGCAGGAGUUAAGGGAUAUGGAGCUCCUCCAUCUCGAAAACGUGUGAAGUGUGCAGAGCAGCAGCAUGAAGAAGAGGAGGAGGAACAAGAAAACCCCCUUUUGGUGCCACUGGAGGAAAAGGCUGUCCUUCAGGAAGAACAAGCCAACCUCUGGUUUUCCAAAGGUGGUUUUGCUGGGAUUGAAGAUGAUGAAGAUCAGGCCCUGGAGAUAAGCCAGGCUCAACUGUUGUAUGAGAGCCGAUGUAAAGAAAAACAGAAAUGCCAGCAGAAGCCUCCAAAUUCAAGGAGGGAGGAACUGCCUUCCCAACCUCAGGCCCAGUUCACUAGCACAGAGGGAAAGCCACCUGUGGAGGCAAAGGCAGCCAUUUCUGCUCGGGGGGAGGAGGACGACGACAGCAGUUCAGACAGUGAUAGCAGCAGCAGUGAAGAUGAGGGAAAAUUAAGUAAAGGUCCCCAAGGUAAGAAGCGAGGCCAUUCGAUGGAGCCUGAUGAUGGGUUUGUGGUAGUGCCUAUUGAGGACCCAGUCAAACGCCAGAUAUUAGACCCAGAAGGUCUAGCUCUAGGUGCCAUGAUUGCCUCUUCCCGGAAGGCACGGCGGGACCUUGUGAAUGACUCCUUCAGCAGAUAUACCUAUAACGAGGAGGAAGGGGACCUCCCCGAGUGGUUUGUGCAGGAGGAAAAGCAGCACCGAAUUCGGCCACUACCCCUAGAUAAGAAGACAGUGGAGGAAUAUCGGAAACGCUGGCGUGAAAUCAACGCUCGGCCCAUCAAAAAAGUGGCUGAGGCCAAGGCCCGAAAGAAACGUAGAAUGUUAAAGAAAAUGGAACAGACUAAGCGGAAGGCAGAGGCUGUGGUGAAUACAGUGGAUAUCUCUGAGCGGGAAAAGAUGGCCCAGUUGCGCAGCCUCUACAAGAAGGCUGGGUUUGGCAAGGAGAAACGCCAGGUUACCUAUGUUGUGGCUAAAAAAGGUGUGGGCCGUAAGGUUCGACGACCAGCUGGAGUCAAAGGUCACUUUAAAGUAGUGGACACGCGGAUGAAGAAGGACCUGAGGGCACAGCAACGUAAGGAACAACGGCACAAAGGCCGGAGGAGGAAGUGAAAGGCCCCAGAAGGACCAUGGAGAACUACUGAGCCAUUUCCUUUCCUUGAGCCUCAUUUUUCUGUAGAAAGUGAAAACUGCUCACCUCAAAGCCCUCUGUGGUUAAUGAUUUUCUGGUAAUGGUCACUGUUUGACCAGUGUUUGUGCUGUUUUGUUACCUCAUGAAAGGACAUGUGGAAAAUAAAAGCUCCAAAAGAGCAAAAAAUUAAAGGGAACAUUCAGAAGUUUAACCCUGA